AUGCCACGCCACAAACUCAUCGUUGGGCUGGACUACGGCACUACUUUUACUGGAGUAAGCUUUGUGCCAAGUAACAAGGCUUCCGCGAAGGAUAUUCACGUUGUCCGUACGUGGCCAGAAAAGGACGGAGAGUGGAAGGUGCCUUCACGGAUUGCGUAUCCUUACGAGAACGAAAAAUAUGAACUCGGAUCAACGCAGUGGGGAUUCCAAGUACAACCCGAGCUGAAGGCCUGCAGUUGGACAAAGCUGUUACUGGACUCAAAGACUCCAGCGACGCAAUAUGACGAUCCAAAUUUGAGGACAGCAAAGGCGGAUGGUCACUUACAUCUUCCGUCCGGCAAAGGGGCUCAACAAGUUGCCGCAGACUAUCUGGGGGAGGUUUACUCAUACGUUCGCGACCGCAUCCGAAAGCACAUUGGGGACACUUUUGACUCGACGCCGGUGGAAUGUUGGGUCACCGUGCCUGCUGUCUGGUCUGAACAAGCUCAAAGCGCGACAAGAUCAGCUGCACUGCAGGCAGGAUUUGGUGCACGCCCGGGAGAUUCAAUCAACAUCAUUACAGAGCCUGAAGCGGCGGGUGUCACCGUCAUAGACGAAAUCACACGGAGCAACACAAUCAUCAAACCCAAGCAAGGAGAGAAUGUCAUGAUAUGCGACUGCGGUGGUGGUACUGUCGAUAUCAUAAGCUACACAAUCCGACAGGUAUCCCCCUAUCCAACGUUUGCAGAGGUUUGCGAGGGUAUCGGUGCAAAGUGUGGAUCGACCUCUAUCGACCGCGAACUGGACAAAUUGCUGGUGAGACGAUUCGGAUCCGCCUGGAAGUCAGUCAAAGCCAGCCGGAGAGGUAACUUCCUGCGUAGGUGGGAAGAUGUCAAGAAAAGCUUCAACGGCGAUACCAAUGGGAGGCCGCAGCGUCUUGGUCCUGUCUUCAUGGAUGGCGUGCCAAACUCGGAGUUCUAUGACGAUGAGGAUGGUUUUGUACUGCUUAGCGGGAAGGAUAUCAAGGACGUUUUUGACCCUACCGUUGAACAAGUCAUAGGGCUUGUAGAGCAGCAGAGAGAUAUGAUUCGGGCACAGGGAAAACGUCUGGAUCGCCUAGUCCUCGUUGGCGGCUUUGGCGACUCUCCUUAUCUCUACCAAAGAUUGAAAGAUUGGUGUCAAAGAAAUGGUGGUAUAUCCGCAUACUGUCCAGAGCAUCCGCAAGCCGCUAUAGUCACCGGCGCCGCUCUUCGUGGACUCCUCAAUAUGUCGCCAGAGUCAAAGAAGUGUCGGAAACAUUACGGCUGUCCCAUUGGAAUGAAAUUUCGUGAAGGGAUCGACCCGAAGGACAAGUUGUACUACCCACACUAUGGGUGGGAUGCAAUGUGCAGCAAUCGCAUGAUGUGGCUGGUCAAAAAGGCAUUGGGUUUUCUUAAGGGCGAUGAUAUCACCAAGGACACCAUUCGCAAGCAUCCGUACCGCUCCGAACAGAGGAAGAAAGACAAGGAUAAAGACGAGACACUGCAACUCUGCAGCAGUAACUCCGACGUACCACCCGAGCAUGUGGAAGAUGACAGUGUCGACAUUGUAGGGUCAAUUCACCUGGACCUCAACGGAGUCGACAUAUCAAAAUACAAGGCUAGACGCGAGUUUUGGAUCAUCGGGAGUAAAUACCUAGAGAUUCCGGUCGACGUGCAGGUGCACUUUGGGUCUAAGACGGGACGCUUCCAGGUCGAUGGGGUUUGCGAGGGCGAGAUCACUGGGACUGCUACUAUCGAGUACGAGUAG